CUUGAAAGAGGAGGAGAAGGCUCGUCGUCUAGGUGACAAAAAAGAAGUGGUAAAUCUCCGACGAUGAGCGAAACGGAAGCAACCGGCGUUACCGACGAAUCGGCUCCAGCGAAUCCAACUGGUUCUGAUGCGACGGAGCAUACAUCGAUCGGGGUGGUUGAUUCGGUGGAGGAAGCCAUAGGAGGAGGAGGAGCAGAGAAAUGGGUGGAUGGUUUCCAGCGUACGGUGAAGGAAUCGACGGACUCCGCCAUUCGCUCCGCUCGUUCUCUCCGUGAAAACUCCACCUCUCAGUUCCGCUCUAUACAGGAUUUUGUUCCACAUGCUUUGACUCAGUAUAAGACCUAUGAGAAUGCUUUCUUCAGCAAAGUAACUGAAGAAUUGAUAAACGCAAAGGAGCAUCCGGCUGCUGCUGCUGGGAUUGGUCUAGCUGCUGGUCUUGUUCUUAUGCGAGGCCCUAGAAGAUUCUUGUUUCGUCGUACACUCGGCCGGUUUCAGAGCGAAGAGGCUCAGUUCUUGAGAGCUGAGAAGCAUGUCCAGGAGCUGAACAUGUCUGUAGACUUGAUGAAAAAGGAGAGCACUAAAUUACUAGAGAGGUCGGCUUUAGCAGAGAAGGAUAUGAAGCGCGGUCUUUCUGAACUCAUGGACUCUGGAAACAAUAUACAUCGUCUUGCUAAGUCCGUUCACAAGGUCGAAUGCCAAGCUGCAGAUUUAAUGGAUGGACUGCGGCAAAUUCCUGGGAGGGAAGCUAUCAAGCUUAGAGCCGAAGUGGCUUCUAUGACUUCGCUCUUGAGACUGAAGAGGAUUGCAUUGAACAAAAGAAUCAUGGGGAUGUCUGAGCUAGGAGUUCCCGUUUGAUAUACAACACAAGUCUUGAUUUUUUUUCCCAAGGUAUUUCAAGCAAGAUUUCUCGUCAAUAAACAUCUAACUCUGUCUAAAUCCAAAUCUUUAUUUUGAGAUAGUGUUUCUUUUCCUGAUAUUUGAGACCAUUAGCUUA